CGCAAGCGUUCUUCGCUUCUUUCCUAGCCCAGCCAUGAGUUUCGUGCCCGUCGCCCCCGACUGCGAUUUCCCCAUCCAGAAUUUGCCGUACGGCAUUAUCUCCACCAAAAUCAACGACAAGAAGCGCGUUGGCGUCGCCAUCGGAGAGUUUGUUCUAGACUUGUCUGUGGUCGAAAUGGAAGGACACUUCGAGGGCUUCCACGCCGCCUGCUUUCACGACCCAACGCUUAACGGAUUCAUGGCCCAAGGCCCCAAAGCCUGGGCCACGGCGCGUUCGACCGUGCAGCGCCUGCUGUCCGCCGACGAGUCCACGCUCCGUGACAACGAGGCACUCCGACAGCGCGCUUUAAUCCCCAUAAAAAAUGUGCGUAUGCACCUGCCGGCCAGGGUGGGCGACUACACGGACUUUUACUCUUCGCGCGAGCACGCCACUAACGUCGGCCGAAUGUUCCGCGGAGAAGAUAAUGCGCUGCAGCCCAACUGGUUGCAUUUGCCCGUCGGCUACCAUGGACGCUCCUCGUCAAUCGUUCCAUCCGGCACCAGUGUGCGUCGUCCCUGCGGCCAGCUGCAGGCCGACAAGGCUGAUCCGUCCAAGGGGUCCGUCUACGGCCCGUGCCGUGUGCUCGACUAUGAGCUUGAAAUGGCUUUCUUCGUGGGCCCACCGAGCAACAUCGGUGAGCCAGUCCCAAUGAAUAAGGCAGAAGACCACAUCUUUGGCGUGGUGUUGAUGAAUGACUGGAGUGCUCGCGAUAUUCAGAAGUGGGAGUACGUCCCACUCGGACCAUUUGGAGCCAAGAACUUCGCGACCACCAUUUCGCCCUGGGUUGUACCUCUCGCUGCCUUAGAGCCGUUCCGGUGCGAGCCAAGCUUUGGACCAGUCCAGAAGGACCCAACGCCACUGCCAUACAUUUCGGACCCGGACUAUUCUCGCGGUACCUACGACAUCAAGCUGAACGUUUCGGUGAAACCGGAGGGAUCCGACCAAGCCUACACCAUAACAAAAAGCAACUUCCGCAACAUGUACUGGAACAUGAAGCAGCAGCUGGUGCACCACACAGUAACGGGGUGCAACAUGCGGCCUGGAGAUCUCUUAGGCAGCGGCACUAUAAGCGGCAGUACGGACGACAGCUUGGGCUCGAUGCUCGAGCUGAGUUGGCAAGGAUCCCGCGAGGUUGCGCUCGGAGACAGUGGUACGACUCGCAAGUUUUUGCAUGACGGCGACACCGUGGCGGUCACUGGGUUCUGCCAGGGCAAUGGCUACAGGAUAGGAUUUGGCCCCUGUGAGGGCAAGGUUUUGCCUGCAUGUCAGUGAAAUGAUUCAUGUGAAAACCAGCAGCAGCAUCCGACUAUCUCGUCCAAGUACCUGGUACACGUACUACAGUACAUGUAGAUAGCAGCGUUGAACAUCCGAGUGCACUUGGAGUUGCGUAAUAACGUUAGUUACACAAUUA